AUGGAGCUACAGAUAUCUGGUUCCACCGGUACGAGAAUGGCCGCGAUAUCGAAGGCAGAUGUACUUGACUACAAUUCCUGGAAAGAAAGUGACAAAGGCUUGAAGCUCGCUGCAAGUCUUGAUAAAGACACCAUCCUAGUAGAGGGCUAUAAGGAGUUCGAUACUGGGCGCGAAUACCUGGCCAAAAUGGGCGACUGGAGAAACAACAAAGAUGAGGAAGUCGAAUUGGAUGGCGUUGGAGGCGUCAAUAUACUUGUCAAAGCCGAUGUGCAUAGAGCUGGCAUCAACUUUCCAUGCUACGCCUUCGAAAACCAAGCCGAAACGGAAGGGUUUGCCAAAAUGGCCAAACGGGCGGGCUAUCAAGUCAUCGGAUUACCUAAUUAUGUUGUCUGGCACAUCGAUACGCAAGAAAAGGCAGGAAAUCUCGCUGAUCGACCAGCCUACUAA